AUGUAUUUUGCAACGAUUUUCUUGUUAACUACUGCUAUAGUCCUGCUUAGUACUGGAGAUGUGGCUGCAAAAAGAAAUCCAAGUCUUCCUCGGUAUUGUACAUCGCCUAAUCUGAAACAAAGAUCAAAAUGUAAGAAGGAACCUGGAUUCGCCUAUAUUCAACAGAAAAAUAUUUGUCAAGAAGUAAGCGCAACAACUCGUGGAGGACUUUGUCUAGGCCGUGGAGGUUUUACGACGUUAGAUGAAUGCGUUUACAAAUGUUACGAUUAUCGUAAGAUGUUCGAUAAAAGGAACGUGGAUGGAUGCAACAAUCCCAUAACUGAGGAAGAAAUGUCCGAGCCUAUUCGUGUAGUAAGUCGUGGUGAUGCUCCCGAUGACGUCAAAGACAAUCGUUGUCGAGAGCCCACUCAACUCGGUGUCCAAAAGGGAAGUGGUCGAACAACAAAGUCACCCACAUACAAAUUCAACAAGGACACCAAUCAAUGCGUUGAAGCGAAAGACAAUGUUUGCCUUGGACGCAAUCGAUUCCAAUCAAAAGAGGAAUGCGUUCAUGUGUGCAACUGGAAUUUGUCAUCCGGUCGUCACAGAUACAUUGUAAGAGCAGACAAUGCAAAGAAGCAUUAAGCAGAAGCUUUUUGUAAAUCUGUUUUGAUUUUAAUUGAGAAACGAAGACAAAUUUAUGUCAUUGAUUAAU